GCGGUGCCUGGGCCUGGACGGCCGCUAUGAUGCCUUCAAGUAUAUGUGUGGUGGAAUUUGGGUGUACUUGGAGCUUCCCAGGAGAAAAAUGAUUCUGUUUUCUGGGUAGCUGCGCACUGUUUUGUACUGGGACCAUAAAUGAAACAUUCAUAGCGUUUUCAGGGAUAAAAUUAGCCUUGUUUUCUUACCAAAACCACUUGUGUUUGAGCAUGUCUUGCAGCACCAGGUAGUCACCGUUUCUUAGUUCUGCAGGCAAUCCUGUAAACCUCAGGCUCCUGGUGAUAAGCAGCCUGAAACUCCUGCUGCAGGGAUUUCAGCGUGGUGCUGCUGCUGGUGGGUCAGGGCAUGCUAUGAAUAGAGCAGUGCCUCCUUAAUUGCUCUUUUAAUAUUAUGUUAUUGCCGAGGUAGGGUGGAGGUCGAUCAAGAGGGUGCUGUCUUUCGUAGUCUUGGGUUUGUGGGUUCACCCUCACUCAGGUUCCCUCUCUGGGGCGGCUCUGGGGUUUCCAGGUGAGGUGAUUCAAACAGGCAGGUGACUCCCCCUCCUGUGGGUCCUGUUCUUGGGUGGGGAGUUGAUUUUUGGGGUGGUGGCAGCAGUGCUGGUGCAAGGACUAAUGAAAAAUAGGUCCCAGUGAGAUGAUUGGUGCUGGGCCGAUGACUGGAGGUAGCCUUUGGGUCCCUGUGGGGUUCAGCACUACUCAGCCUUGGGCUUUUUCCUUUGGCAUUUGGCCACCAAUGGGCCAGCUGGUGUCCCCUGCUUGGUGGAAAGGUAGUUGAGGUGGUGGCAGAGGGUGGCGAGGAGCCCAGUGUCUCUCAGAGAAUUCAUUGCACUUUUGGGCAUAUUCUGGCUGUGGUUCCUCUGGCACUCAGCACCGUGUUUGAAGCUGUGCUGGGGGCCCUGCAGGAGUAUCGUGCCUGCUCCUGCACCCCCAAGGUGCCUCCCAGGGCUCAUAGAUGGACUGUCUGGGGAAAUCCUUGGGGAUGGGGAGUUGUUUAUGGCAAGGGGGAAAAGCCAUCAGGGGCCCUCCCCCAUUUCACGUGGUUUUGUGCUAUUGUACCCUGAUCUGUUGUUUUGCUGAAGGUGGUGGUGAACAGACAUGGAAAUACCUUUUCAUACCAUGUGAAAGCCACAGCCAGGUGGUGGCAUGGAGGGAACACUCAGUAGCUGACAGGAGCUUUCAAAGACCUGUGGGAUGCAGUGGUGGUGUAGGCAUGGGGUUCCCAAAAGCCUGAGAGGUGCUGGUGGGUGUUGGGGGAUCUCCUGACCUUAAUCCCCUUAAGCCAUCCUUCCCAGAAGACUCAAAGGUCCCUGGGGGUAAGGAAGUAAACAGCAGUGUGCUGAACAAGGAGGUGGAUUCAGCCCUGGGGCACAGCUGGGUCAUGGUGGCAUUGAUGAAGGGGUGUCUUUAUUAGCCCUGGCAUGAGGUAUGGAGGUUAAAUGUGGUGGGGGGACAUUUUUGGGGGGUCAGAGGACAUGGGACUUUUCCCUGAGGAAAAUAUUCCCUUCAGGCGUGAAGGUGUGGGGGUUGUUGUCCCAGUCAACUUGCAAGCAGAUGAGGGACACUGGGGUUGUGUUUUGGGGGCAGGUGCAGCAGUCCUGAAAUUGGGGUGAUGGGCACUGGACACAGCCCACCCUCUCCAUGAACACUUUGAGUUAGGUGAGCAUGGCUAUCUGCCAGGCCCAGGCUUUCAAAGGCCAGUGCUUGGAGUAAUUUGGACUACUGAAAGGUGCCCCUGCCCAUGGCAGGGACUUGGAACAAGAUGAUCUUUAAUAUCCCUUCCAACCCAAACUGUUCUGGGAUUCUGCGAUUCUCCUUGCUGGGACAGAGGUGGGUCCUGGCCCAACUCCUGCAGUUUGGGGACCCCACAGUUGGAGCUGUGGUACAGUGGGGGUGUGAUGGCCACCACUCUACUUCAGUGUUAACAGUGAGGGAGAUGCUGAUCCAGCUUUGUGCUCUGCUGCACCCUGGGCUCACUCUGGAGAUGCUCCUGUGUGAGUGCCAGUGCUUGACCUCUCUGGGGAUCUGAGGUCAAGGGGCUUUGCUGUUAUCCAGGGCAAGGACUCAGAUGGGAGAGGGAGGGACACAUUCAGCACUGGGAGUGGAUCCCCAGGCCCCCACCUUCUGGUGCCACACGGGGUGUGGGACACUUCCUGGGUCACCUCCACAGUGUGCUGGGCCACCAGUGUGGCCAGACUGACACUGCAGCAGCAAGUGGAGGGUUUAGUGUCCACAUCAGAGGUCCUGGCGUUGUCCCCUAGGCAGGGGAGAGAUGGGAAAUCUGUGCCAGGAACAGCCUGUUAGGGAGCUGGAUGGGUAUGCAGAUCCUGGAGACCCUCCAGAUUCCUGGGGGAUGGAACCAGGACUCACCUGGAGCUCAUUUCUCACAGGGCAUUGGGGAGGAACCACCAGGCAUUGUAGGGGUUGAGGAUGAUGAUGAGAUGAAGGCAGUGUCAGUUGUUCACCACCAGCAGCACCAGGGGAAAGAGACCUGGGAAAGGAGAAAUACAGUGGAGUUUUGGGGUAAAAAAAAUCACCUGUUUGGUAAAUUUAAUUUGUAAAAUAGGUGAGUGGCAGACAUGGACCUGUCUAUAUUUAGUCAGGAAACCAGGGAAGAGAACACAUCUGGGUGCUGGUGAGGGCUGGGCACUCUGACACCCAGGCAGUGACGGCAUGUGGCGGAUGUGGGAGGGAGGCCCUUGGAGGGCUUGGCUUCCCCUCCCUGCGGUCCCGGCCCAUUUGCCCUACUUGUGCUUUCACAUUCCCCAGCAGAGGCUGGAGCUGCUGGCAGCUGGGGGCACCUGGGUGUUCGGGGAGCUCCUCCACUCUGUCCCUGGGGAGGCAGGUAAUCCCAGAAGACCUUUCUUUACCAAACCCAGGGGCUGAUGCAUCCCAUUCCCUGCUCCGGUGCUGGACUCCUGUAUUCCAGGUAAGCAUCCCUCCAGCUUUCCCCCUGCUGCUCACUGUCCAUGCUCAUUGUUCCAGUCACAUUUGAGCUUUUGGCUGUUGCUAAGUGGUGACACUUGGGCACUGUGGUUUCCGUGGGCGUGCCGGGGUUUUGCCAGCAUUUCCUGCAGUCCUGUGUCAUUUUUGAGUAGGGGAAAGGCUUCAGCGUGACUCAGGGUGCUUCAUUUUGGAAGGGGUGAUGCCAACAGUGGAAAAAAGCAACUGUUUCCCAUUUUGCUGCUCCUGGGUGUCCACAGGGAGUGUCUGGGCUCCCUAAAUCAUGCUGGGAGCAUGAUGCUGAAGCAUGGGAUGGUAGGGAACAGACAGGAAUGCCAGGGCAGACCACACCAAGGAUGCACAUCUCCGGGCAUCACCUGCACUGCCUUUGGUUUGCCAGCACCCAGUCCAUCCCUGGUGAUCCCAACUUCUCUCCUCCACAGGAUCUUAUCCCUACUGAUGGGAAUGAGGGUUUCUCCUCCCUAUUAUCUCUCAGCCUUGCUUGCUGCAGGUGUGUAUGUCCAGUGGAGAGAGCCAGUAAAAGGUAAAUGUUCCUUCCCAGCACAUUUUGAGGAGGCAGAUGCAGAAAACCCUGCUGGGGUUGAUUUUGGGGCUGUAAGAGAGCAUCCCAGAGGUGCAGGAUCGCAGUGUGCAGACCACACUGAGAUCCUGGGGCUGAGACCUGCCAUGAAGCGGUUCUUGCUCUCAGUUUUUAUCCCUCUUUUCUGCUCUCAGGAGAGGUGUCCUGCUGGCAAUCGGUGGCUGAGCAGCGUGCUGCCCAUUAUGGCUAGUUGGUUUAGGCGGCUCCUGCAUAAGCCCAAGCCCAGCUCAGUGGAAAGCCUCAAGUCCAGCCACUCUGCUUCAUCCUCACCUUCCUCCUCUUCAUCCUCUGCCAAGAGCUCCAGCUCUUCUUCUGGCAUGAGCUUGGCCACCAGCUCCAUCUCCCUGUCGCCUGUGUCAGCACCAGACAUCAGCGCCUCAGACAGUCCCCGGUGGGACAAGAGCUACGACGUCUGCAUCUGCCACAGCGAGGGGGACAUGGAGCUGGUGGAGGAGCUGGUGUCCUAUCUGGAGGGCCAACCUGAGAGCUUCCGUUGCUUCCUCCAGCUGCGGGAUGCGGUGGCAGGAAGCGCGGUGGUGACAGAGCUGUGUGACGCCGUGCAGAACAGCCACUGCUGGGUCAUGCUCAUAACCCCUGGCUUCCUGCAGGACCCUUGGUGCAGGUACCAGAUGCACCAGGCCUUGGCUGAGGCUCCGAUGGCCAAUGGACGCACCAUCCCAGUGCUGAAGGAUGUGGAUCGCAAGGAUUAUCCCAGGGAGCUGCGGAACAUCUACUACAUCUACAUGGCGCUGAAGGAGAAAAGCUUCAGGCAGAUCAGAGACACUGUCAUGCGCUACCUCCAGGAACUGUGCCAGAGCUCCACAAAAAGGAUGGAGUAGUGCUGGGAGCAGGCAGAUGCAUCCCCACAGGCAUCAUGGAGCUGUCACCGUUGGAUCUGGGUGUUGGCAUGUCCUACUGGACCUUGAGAUCAAUCCUGAGCUGCUCAGAGCAAACCUGGAAACAAGGAUGGGGAGUUCCCCACAUCUAUGAGGGACAGCAGACCAGAACCCACCACGUCCCACUGGCCAAAAUCUUCUCAACGGGGACAUGGACAUCCGUCACACAAACACUAAGUUCUGACACUGGGGUGUUCUCAGGGUCACCAGAGCUCUUUACUGUGCUGGCAUUCUCUGUCCUGAGGGCUCCGGGACCCCUACAAAGCUGACAAGGCGCCUGCUGGGCUGUAGGCAGGACAAGAUGAGGCAGGCAGUGACUUUGCACGGAAUCAUUGCGACUACGAAAAUGCAGAAGUUUUAAAUUUU